ACAUGCAGCACACAUACACUGCCUCUUCUGUCUACCUCUCUGUAUGUGUGGAUUUUACACAUCAAAGAAAAGCUGCUGGUGGGUGCUCUCCUUGGAUAGUAAGACUUUGGACAGGCUCGGUUGGACCACUGGGUGCUACUGUCUCUCCUACAGCUUGCUUCUGUGUGUGUGUUUUGCUGUAUGUGUGUGUGUAUGUGUGUGCUUGGAAGCAGUGCUGUUCCAUGUGUUUGAGAGACAAGAGAAGGAGAAGAGUGAUUUGUGGCCAGCCACUCAGACAAAGAGACGUUACCCUCUCUCAUUCAGGGAAACACUGCUACUUCUUCUGUCUGUGUGUCGACCAUCCACUGUGACAACUCACCAGACAGGAUGACAUGGCGUCCUCAGUACCGCAGCUCCAAGUUCCGCCACGUGUUCGGCAAGCCCGCCACCAAGGAGAGCUGCUUCGAUGGCGUGCCAAUCACACGCAGCGUCCAGGACAACCACUUCUGUGCUGUCAACCCACGCUUCCUGGCUGUCAUCACUGAGUGUGCUGGGGGAGGGGCCUUCCUGGUCCUGUCCAUCCAUCACACAGGGAAAGUGGACCCCCACCACCCCAAAGUAUCAGGCCACAGGGGCAACGUGUUAGACAUCAAAUGGAAUCCCUUUAAUGACUACUGCAUAGCCUCCUGCUCCGAGGACACCACGGUGAAAGUGUGGGAAAUCCCUCCUCAUGGUGUGUUCAAGAACCUUACGGUGCCAUGGAAGGAGCUGCAGGGUCACAGCCGCAGGGUGGGCCUCAUUGAGUGGCACCCAACUGCUAACAAUGUGCUCUUUAGUACCGCCUAUGACUACCAGGUAAUGAUCUGGAACCUGGACUGUCCAGACCAGGUGAUAAAGAACCCUGUGCGGACCAUCAGCCACCACACAGAUGUGGUCCUGUCCAUGUCCUUCAACACGGACGGCAGCCUCCUGGCCACCACGUGCAAGGACAAGAGGAUCAGACUCAUGGAGCCACGCACAGGAAACCUGCUACAGGAUGCCAACUGCAAGACACACAAAGCCCACAAGGUGCUGAUCCUAGGUAACUUGAAGAUGCUCCUCACAACGGGAAGUUCGCGCUGGAAUGCUCGACAGAUGGCUCUGUGGGAUCAGGAAAACCUCUCCGUGCCUUUGUUACAAGAGGAUGUGGAUGGUGUAUCAGGGUUGCUCUUUCCUUUCUAUGACCCGGACACAUCCAUGCUCUAUAUUGCUGGGAAGGGUGACGGAAAUAUCAGGUACUACGAAAUCACGCAAGAAAAGCCCUUUGUGCACUAUCUCACAGAGUACCGCUCGCUCAUGCCACAGAAAGGAAUGGGUGUUAUGCCAAAGAGAGGCCUGGAUGUGAGUUCCUGUGAGGUGUUCAGGUUCUACAAGCUGGUGACAAUCAAGAGUCUCAUUGAACCUCUGUCCAUGAUUGUUCCCCGCAGGUCGGAGUCGUACCAAGAAGACAUCUAUCCCAUGACAGCUGGUAACAAGCCUGCCAUGAGUGCAGACGAGUGGCUCAGCGGCAUCAACAAAGACCCAGUGCUCAUGUCUCUGAAGCCUGGAAGUCGAGUAGAAGAGUCGUAUCCCGAGCUGAGUAUGGGUAAGGGGCUGGGCAGCUCAUUGGACACUCGCAGGUCCCAGAGCAGGCCAGGUCUGCUACAGCUGUCAUACAUUCAGGACCAACUCGGCAUUAAAAGCGACAAAGAGGACAGCAGUCAUACAGAGUCGGAAGACAACAGGAGCUGGACAUUGGUCAGUAACGGACAGGAUCCUGCUCUUUGCUCUCCUCCAAAGACUGAGAAUGAGCUGCGUAUGAAGUUCCACAAGCAGCAGGAGGAAAUCCGGCGGCUGAGGGAGCUCCUCAACCAGAGGGAUGUACGCAUCAAACAGCUGGAACUGGAGAUUAAGAACAUCAGAAACUCCCAGCCUCAGAGCUCGCUUUGAUACAGCUGCUGCCCCAUUCGGCCCACCAUACAGAGUCACCUUCACUUCGUCUUAGGACACAUCCAUUACUAUAUAAACUUCCUAAACCCACCACACUUGUCUCACCUCUCCUUUUCCUUCCCUUUCCGAGGAGUCCCCUUCCACUGAUAUGCCUCUUUCCUAGCCCCAUAUAAUCACAGCACAGGGGUGUUUCAAAGCCAGUAUCACCUCAGAUUUUCAUUUGUGUGUUCAAACUACCAUGUUGUCAAUUCUGCACAGGGUGCACAUAUUCUCUGUUCAUGUACAUACACUUUAAACACUGAGUCUUACUCUCAUCCCAUCAUGUAAUAUAUUUCAGAAUCUUAUUGCACCUAUCUACCUGUCAUCCCUUCCUUUUGUAUGCUUCACAGCUAUGCAAAUUUGUUGUAAUUUUUAGCUUUUUAUUUAGCUUUUUGUUUGUUUUUUUUUUAAAAUGCGCUUUGUAGCUGAGGGGGGAAAAAGGAUGUUUGUGCCUGUCUUAAAUGAAUGAUGUGGUUGUCUGCCCAUUAUUUUAAAGCUGUCGCAGGGUGGGAGCAGACAUCCUGUGUGAUUGUAAAAUAACACUGAAUUUAUUUUCUAUGCUUUGUGGUUUUUGCAUAUUUAAGCUACUGUGGUGUUAAGUCUAGAAUGACAGACAUAUGUGUGCGUGAGUGAGAGUGAGCCGGGGUAAAAAGGACUGACAAUACCAUGCUCCGAAGCUUUCUAGCUUUUUGUGAAGCUGUGUUUGUAUUUCAGUGACUGGAAAAACUGGUGGGAGACCAAUCCAUUUAAGAGGACAGUUGUGUAGCAGCAGCUGCCUUGUAAGCCAUGUCUGUAUCUGAUGCCAUAUAGGCAUUAUUAUUUUUAAAUAUUUAUUCCGUUUUACAAAGUGGUCAAAGAAAAUGACAGCCACUUCAAUAAACAAUUUCAAAUCUAAAUCGAGGCUGAAACAGAAAACAGAUUACAAAAAAAAAAACAAAAAAAAACAAGAGCAUGCAAUUUAUGAAAACAACAUGUUUGCUUUUUCCCCUCAUGUUAUUGAGCCAUUGUGAAGAACCAACUCAAAGGCACUGUGUGUAUUAACAUACAACCUACAGGGAACCCAAUAAAUGUUUUAUCAGUUUGUAAAUGCUUACCAAAGCGAUGGUGUCUUAAAGCAACCAGAACAAUUGAAACGUGGAAAAUUUAUAUUUACUCUGAACAGAUAAAGAUCAUAUCAGGGAAUGUUUGGAUAUUGUUCAUGUCUUCUGCCUUUGUGCAAAUGGAGGGCUUUCUGGAAUUUAUUUCUUUGAAAGUGGGGGCAAUUUAUUUUGACCCGCAUUUCACAGCAAAGUAAGAACAAGAGAAAACAUCUCCGUCUCUCAAUACCUGGUUCAGAGAAACAAUCCACUGGUUGACAUGUAAAUAUACACAGAUAACACAGGAAAACAACUCAUAAAUAUAUAGCAAUGUGAGCAAUCACUGUUAGUCAAUCCUUCAUGCUGUUUAUCUCAAGUGUGACCAGAAAAAUGCACUAUAGUGACAAUAGACACCUGCAUUUAUGUAGCCAUAGGCACAAGCAUCACUUUUCAUUAGUGCACCACCUUGUCAGGAAGGUGUCAAAUGGAUACUACCACACACACACACACGCACGCACGCACGCACGCACGCACGCACGCACGCACGCACGCACGCACGCACGCACACAGAGGCUCCAAUAUAAUUAUGCUCUCUGACCCCUGUGACCUCUGACAGUACACUUCCAGCAUCACUGGCUGUUUUUACUCAUUGACUUUGAUGUAAGAGCAGCAAAGCCAGGGCAAACUCUAACCACUGCCACAUGUCUCAACAUGUUCGCCGUAUGUGCUGCUCUUGCUACAGGGCCAGCCAGCCUGCACUGCUCAGAGCUGGUUCCAUGCUACAUAGGUUUAGGUGAUAGGACUCCGUUUUUCCCUCUUUCAGUCACUGAACCAACCAGUUUGAUCAUAUCAUUAGCUAAA